AAUCCACCUACAAGGGGAGGCAUCGUCGUCUGCUUCUUCAUCAGCGUCGACGGAGAGAUCUCAUGUUCUUCGUAAGCGGCCAGUGGUGUGCACCGGUACGGGGUGCAUCUUUUGCGCGCGUGCUAUUACGGCGAGGUAUGCUGCCGCACAGAUAUCAUCUCGAAGAAACAGCGCGCCGGAGGUGAACGCGGUUGGGGAAGUAACACACCUGAUGGCGGAUGGAUUGGCCGGAGCAGAUGGCGGACGGCAUCUCGGGCAGGCAAGUGAGCAUGCCCAGCUGCACCAUCCGCCGGUGAGUCCCGCAGCUAGUCCGGCUGCUAGUCCUGCUGCUAUAUCAAGGACGCCAUGCACCGAGGAUGCGCGGCAAGUAGCAGUGAACCAAGACGUGGAUCCGGCGGCAGGUCAGGACUCAUUAGCCGCGGCCGGAGCGUGGACUGGUAUGGUGGAUGACCGCGCGGCGUCAGAACAGUUCAACGCCGUCGUCGGCCUAGCAGUUCGCCGGGAGGGGAGUGAAUUCAAGCUGGCGACUCGUGGAGACGCUGAUGAACGGUCAGAGGCUUGCUCGCGCAUCCUGGUUUUCCAUGAUAGCGAGUCUAAGCAAGUUUCUUCGUCGGAUGCAAGGUUGAAAUGUAAUCUGCCGGGGAAGAUGGAAGGUGAACCAGAAGCGCAGGGGGAGUUGAGAAUGGGGAUCACUACUAUGCGGCGCAGGAUGGGGAAGAUGCAAGCGCAAGAUGCAAGGUGAACCAGAAGGGCAGGGGCAGGGGGAGUUGAGAAUGGGUGGAUUGAAAGAAUGGCCGACACGUCUAGUCCCUCAGAAUACUAUGCCAGGCAGACAUGGUAGACAUGUCGUAUCAAUCUUGUCAGGUGUGUAGCAGCUAUGCUGUACUAGACAUAGUCUAUUUGGCUGGUGUCGUAACAUCCUGCGCCUAAUCAAGAAUAGACCUGGUAUUAUAUUGAAGGGGUGGUAGUGCGGCCCGGGAGCCAGUAAUAGGGUUG